UUUGCAAGCAGUUAGCUAGCUAGUCUCGCGAGCAGACUUUUCCUAGAGGGAGACUAUUAGCUAGCUAGCCGAGUACGAGUACGUCGAGUAGCUAUGGGGUCAAGAAGAGUUCUACUACAGCUGGUGGUAGUACUACUAUCAGUGAAAACCUUGUAUUGUCAAUCGUUUUCCGACUUUGCUGCCUCUCCCAACGGCCCGGGACUGCAAGUGGACUCCACUGGGCGAGCAUACCUGGCUGCAGGCAAUAACCUGUAUAGACUGAGUGCACAGCUAACACCAGAUGAGACAGUUGAUUUAGGAGCUACUGUCAUCACUAGAGGACUGGCUCUGAGCUCUACUGGGACGGUGGUGGUGUGUUUAGUGGAUCUUUCUUGCUCUGUCUACAAUGGCAGCAAUCUCAGUGCUGGUCCUAUCAGGACUGUCACUAAUGCUAUAGCUUCUGCUGAUCCUGACUUUGGAGCAGCUAUCAUUACAUCAGGAGCCACUUUCUACACUGGAGCAUCCACUGGUGCGGGAACCGUAGCAAUGGGGCAUAGGAUGACACUGCAACAGUUUGGAGAAGGAUUCAAUAGAUCCUCUAAUAAUCCAUCACCACUGGCUUUUGGGGUUAGUGACUUUUCACGACAAUUCUAUGGUGGAUUUGUGAGUGGUAACUUUACCUACUAUGUUGUCUCUGACUACCGACCUAGGAUUGAUCAAACGCGAGCUAUUCGACUGCUACGUGUCUGCAACAUGCCUGAUUGUGAAGGUGCCAGCACGUGUGGAGUGACUGCUUUGUACGAGUUUGGUUUCGAUUGUGGAGGUCGAACAAUCAGUGAACGUACUCGUGUGUGUGGAGUGUCACUAGUGGAGGACUUUAGUAGGAUAUCUGGACCCACUGUUGUGAUCACUAUUUGUACACCUGGGUUCACUGAUAGAAGCUUUGUUUGUGUGGUCGACCUCACUGCUGUCAAUGUUGAUUUGGAUGCUAAGUACAAGUCUUGUAUUGUAUCACGAACUGCUAGUGAAGAGAUUGGUUUAGCAUGGAGAACAGGUUCCUCAGAGAACUGCGAUAGCCUGCUUCCUCAGGUAACAGGGGACAGAUGUGACACAGCCACUCCAGUCGGUGUUCUUGCCCCCGAUGGUGGUCGUAACAACCAAGCACCAGUGCGUGUUAAUUUUGCAGGCAGUCCUCUUCCCACUGCUUCAGUAGCUGUGAAGAUGGAGCAGUUCUCUUUUGUGUUUGUGGCCACCAAUGACCUAUUCAUAAGAGGACAUGAUAUCAGUGGUGCUGGUGUUUCUACCAUAAUAUUCUACAAUCAACCAGUGACCUCUACGGUACAUCAAUUGUCAUGGCAGGAAGGAUUGAACUACAUCACGGCAGCCACUAACAACUCUGUGUUCAGAGUCCCCAUUGAGGAGUGUUCCCAGCGUAUGGACUGUACCAGUUGUACCAAUGACCCCAACCCGCUGUGUGGGUGGUGUGUGGUGGAGAACAAGUGCUCUCGUCAGACCCAGUGUCAAAACUCCAGUCUCUCCAGUAGAUGGAUACAAGAUAAUACCAUCUGUGUUACUGCUACUGUGGACCCAAUGCAACUAGUGCUUGAUCCUGAGAUUCCUGCUAGUGUGCUCACAGUGAACCUCACCUCCCCUGGCCUACCUGCCCUCCUGCCUGGAGAGACCUUCUCUUGUCACGUGGCAGACAGUGAAGGACGUUUCCCUCCCAUCAUAGUACCAGCUGUUGAGGUCACCCAGGGAACAGUGUAUAACUGCAGUAUUGCAGAGAUGGUACCUGACUAUGCUGGAGUGACUGCAACCAUCAACCUGGGCUUUCAGAGCUCUCUGUUCAAUGUACCAUUUGACAUCACCAACCAAGCACUCAUCAUCUAUAGGUGUUCAGCAGGAGAGAGUUGUAAGGAUUGCCUGGGGCCCAACAGUCCCUGUGGAUGGUGUAACCUCAUCAAGCAGUGCAGUGGAACAUCAGCUCCUUGCAGGAAUGUGUCCAACUUCCUACAGGUGUCUAUGUCUACAAACUUCAUAGACCUAUGCCCCCUAUUGGAUACACCCCCCACGGGGGGGGUGUACACUAUACCAGUGAGGGUGGUCCAGGAUCUUAGACUGACCACCAGGAACCUCAUACCCCCAACUGAUGGCUUCAACUAUUCAUGUUCAGUGGGUGGAGUGUCUCUAACAGCUCAAUAUGAGAACGAGAACUCCAUAGUGUGCAAUGUGGGCAGUGAGAAACUCAAUCUACCUGAGGGUACUGGCAGCUCCUCUGUGGUUGCCAUGGUGAUAUGGUUCGGGAACGGUGUUACACGCCCACUCAGCAAUAUCAUGACACAGACCAACGUGACGCUGUUUGAUUGUCGUGGGUUGGGCAGUGAAUGUGCGGACUGCCUUGCGUCCAGUAUAGGGUCAGAGUUCACGUGUGGAUGGUGUAAGACAGAGGGAAGCUGUGAGGUGUUGCAAGAAUGCACCAUGAAUGACUUCGUUACUGAGGGGAGGAAUUGUCCUGCUCCUUCCAUCAACUCUAUUGAUCCAGUAUCUGGCCCAGUUCAAGGUGGCACUGCAAUCACAGUGAAGGGGACCAACCUUGGAGUGACCUUUGCCGAUAUUCAGAACUCUACUCUUACAUUACAGAAUGGAGGUUGUACUCCCAUUGACACUGACUAUAUGCCAGGGAGGCAGUUUGUCUGUGUCACCAUCAGAUUUGAGCUAGGGCCAGGCCCUAGUGCCUUCACUAUGAUUUUGUAUGGCACUCAAACGGUCAAUGCUCCACCCUUCACGGCUGUGAAUCCUGGUAUCAGUAGUGUAACACCGACCUUUGGACCCUUGGCGGGGGGUACUACACUGACUGUCCGGGGUAAUGAGCUAAGAGCGGGUAACCAUGAGAACACUGCGGUCACUCUAGUGGUCGAUGGAGGAUCACGCUAUCCAUGCAACAUCAACAUCAACAACACCAUAAGAGAUGUCAUGGCUCAGGAGAUUCGAUGCACUACAGCAGCAGGCAGCGUCCCCUCUGAUACAGAGGUCGUGGUGACUAUUGAUAAUGCUACACUCUCCUUUGGAGUGGUGUUCAGUUACCGUAACAACCCUAAUGUAACUGCUGUGUUUCCUAGCAACACUGUACCCAGUGGAGGCAUUACACUGACCUUUACUGGACUCAACAUGGACGUGGUACAGCAACCAUUUUUAGAGGUGUAUGGAGCAAUGGGGUCUCGUCUGAACAGCUCCUGUGUUUUAGUGAACGCUACUGCCAUCACAUGCUCCACUCCUAGUCUUGGGACGACCUUAUUGACCCCAUUGAACUAUUCACUGAGGUUUGAUGAUGCCCCGCCCACUACACAAGCACGCCUCCCCAUCACUGUCCAACCAGAUCCAUUCAACCUUAGACUAGAGGGUUCUAACAUGGCCACCACUGGCACAGCCACCAUCAUAAACAUUGUGGGUGAGCAUCUGGACUCAGUGGAGGCUAGUGAGAUAAGAGUGACAGUGGGGGGGUCAGAGUGUACGAAGACCACCACCUCCAACAGUAGAGGUAGUGAGAUCUUCUGUACUGUCCCCCGGGAACCACCAGGAGGAGUCAAUCCAGCCAUCAUUAAUGUAGCCAUUGGUACCAACAUCUCCCAAGCACUGGAGCGAAGACUAAGCUACACUACUGGAGUGGUGGGUGAAGUACUUCCCCUGGAGAUCAUAAUCCCUAGUGUAGUGGGGGGCUUUGCAGUGGUGGUAAUACUGCUGGUCUUAGUCAUGUGCUGUAUCAUCUGUGUCUACACGUCCAAGCACAAGAAGACAGAGCAGAGGUGGACUAACCUUCUCGCUCAGAUGGAACUACUCGAGAUUGAAAUGGCAGACGAGUGCAAGAGAGCCUUCACAGAGCUCCAGACUGACCUGGCUGACCUAGUCCACAUUACUGACCAGAACCUUCCCUACAGAGACUUCCGUACCUUUGCCAUGCGUUUCCUGUUCCCUCAGGCUGGUGACGAUCACCCAGUGCUGCACCCGCUGGUGCUCCCUGAGAAGUCUGACACUGAGCAGGUGGCCACUCAACUCAACAGCUUCAGGCAUCUAAUCAUGGACAAAAAGUUCCUUCUCAUUUUUGUCAGGACUUUGGAAUCUCAAGGCACUCAGUUCAACUUGAAUGAUCGCAGUACUGUGGCUUCUCUUCUCAUGGUGUGCUUCCAGGAUGACCUGGACUACGCCACAGAAAUUCUUCACCUGUUAUUGGCUGAGUUGAUGCGCAAGUCCAUGACUAAGAACUCUCAUCCUAAGCUCAUGCUGCGUCGCACUGAGUCAGUGGCAGAGAAGAUGUUAGCUAACUGGUUGGCCUUCUUACUCUAUCCUUAUCUACUAGAACAUGUUGGUGAGAAGUUGUUCAUUCUGUUCCGAGCCAUCAAGAGUCAACUGGAGAAGGGACCAGUGGACAUCAUCACAGGAGAGGCAAAGAACUCGCUGAGUGAAGAGAAGUUACUGCGUCACCACCAGAGGGACAUCAAGGUUGUGGAUGGUGAUGGUGUGGUAGUGGCUGAGAGUGGGGAAGAGUUUCCAGUGAGGUUGUUGGACUGUGACUCCAUCACUCAAUCCAAGGAGAAGGUACUGGAUGUGCUCUAUAAGAAUACCCCAGUCUCCAAGAGGCCACAGCUCACAGAGAUUGACCUGGAGUUGAUAUCUACCGGUGCUGCUGGUAUUCCACUGAGAGACCAAGAUGCCACUAACACGAAGGAUGGAGAGUGGAUCAAGGUCAACACACUGGGACACUACAAGCUGGAUGAGAUGUCUCAAGCUCAUGCUGAUAAUCCCAAGAACCCAGUUCCAAAGUUCAGGAUCAGCCGUCGCCCCGAGCGACCAGUCAGCGGCAUGAGUUUUGACAUGCUGGGUACGAUCAUUGCCAACAUCAGUGCCAACAACCGAGGGUCUGUGUACAUGCCCUCUGACCUCCCUCACACCUACCAUCUGGUCAAGCCAGAACCAGAGGACCCAACUGAUGGACAACGAGGGCAGAAGAUUGUGUCAGAGGUGUUCCUUACAAGACUACUCUCCACCAAGAGAAUCCUGCAGACGUAUGUGGAUGAGUUGUUUGAGAGUGUAUUUGCUGUCCCUCACGGUCGCCCACUCCCCAAGGCUAUCAAGUCUUUGUUUGAUUUCCUGGAUCAACAAGCUGCAGAGCUUGGUAUUCAAGACCCAGAGAUCCUCCACACAUGGAAGACCAACAGUGUUCCACUGCGCUUCUGGGUGAAUGUCAUCAAGAACCCAGACUUCCUAUUUGAUGUCAACAAGUCAGCCACUGUUGACUCCUGCCUCACUGUGAUUGCUCAGGCCUACAUUGAUGCUUGCUCUACCACUGACUUUAAGUACACCAAAGACACUCCAGCAGCAAGACUCUUGUAUGUCAAUGAUGUCAAGAAGUACAAGACUGGAGUGCUACAGUAUUAUGGGACCAUCCAGUCACUGCCCAAGGUGUCUGGGAGUGACAUGUGCCAAUACCUGAGGGAGACUGCUCAGGUGUGUGCAGACUCUGUGGCUCAAUAUGCACCAGAUACAACUAGCGAGAAAACUGCUGGCCCAACCUCAAUGAAAGGACAACUCUACUUUAUCACGGACAGUGCUCUGUACGAACUGUUCAAGUUUGCCAACAAGUUCUCAGAAGUGGUGACGGAUGGUUUGAAGGAAGAGGGGCUCACUAUUCAAGCUGCAAGCUUUGAUCAGAUCAAGAGGAACAUGAGAUCUGCCACCCACACCUCUUAGCUGGAACACAUUACUCUACACUUAGUGUAGCAAGUCCUUAGUUUGUGUGACUGUGUCAGUAGAAGAAACUUUAAAUAAUUUUAUAACAUGCACUUGCGUUUACCAUUUGUCAUUCUGUGCUAUUAUUAUCAUGAAAUCUUUUAUCGAUGAUAAAUAAUAUUGUUUUUAA